CCGGCGCUGCCGGCGGCGGGCGGGGGGCGACCGCUGGUCCUCGUUCCUACCUGUAGGUUGUCGGGUCGAGUUGGUGCGCGGCCCCGCCCUCAUCAGUGAGGACCCCCGCCUGUCCCGGACUGGGAACGGCUCUUGAACCGUCGGUCGGGCUCGCAGCUCACGGUGAAAGCCAGAUUCCAGCGCCUCAGUACGGGCGCCGAGGCCUCCUUCCUGUCUCUGUUACGAGACCGGCUGGACCCGGGGAAGCAGCUGCGUAGCUUGGUAGACCAGGGACGGGCAUUAUUCCCCAUGACUAAGGCCGAAUGCGCAGUCUGAACUAACACUUCGAUUUCUCGGUUUGGGCGCUCCCACCCCCUCCCUGGGGGACCUGGGGGAGGAAGUGGAGGGGGAGGAGUCCUCGCCGGGAAUCAAGAAGUGUGUUAAGGAGGAGAGAGAGGCAAAGGAAGGUCCGGAGCCUCCAUUAGCACUCCUGGAAGGAGCCAGUUGAGCCCCUGCCUCUUGCUGGUCCUGGCCUUGUCACCAACUACUGGAAAGUAGAGGAUUCCGAUUCCCCCCUCUAAGGUGGACCUGGAAAAAGGGGAUUUGGGAAUGGAUAGGAGGAGUUGCUUUGGAGCGAAAGCUUUGAGGAGCAUUUUACCUCGUCUAUCCACAAGAGGCUGAGAAGGUCGAAUUGUAAAUUGCCAUGAGGGAGAUGGAAAGAAAAGUAUUAAUCGAGGACUGUAAGAUGUGAAGCUUCCCCAUGGUUUUGAAGUUGGUGCCAGGAAAGCUGAGCCUCUCAGAAGUCUCCUAGAUGUCCCCAUUAUCAGAGACCUCUGUGCCGUGUGCCACACAUGUGACUGCCUAGCUCGGAUAACUGUCAUGGGCCAGAAUACCUCAAGGGAGCACCCAGGGCAUCAGGAAGGAGAGAUGGGCACCAAGAGGCUCAGUAUACCUGACAGCAUGGUAUACUGAUGUUUUAGAUGAAAUUUUGCAAAAUUCCUUACAAAAGGACUGAUGCUCAGCACCCCCAAAAGCUCAGCCCAGUUGCUUCACUGUGAGGUUUAAAUGAGGAGCCUAGGGACUGUAUCUAUGUCACCCAGGCUUGAGCCAUUUUCCAUUGUGGAAAGGCUGGAGAACCACAAGGUACUAACUAGUUGAAAAGGGGACUGGAGGAUCCCAAGUCGUAUGUAAAAUACAACCAGCUGUCACUGUGGAUGAUGACAGAGGAGAGGGUGGGUCACUAUGGUGCAGGAAAAGGGAAAUCCCAUGGUCCUCCUGUGCAUCCCUCUGGGACAGCUCUUUGAAUCCGCCUCCAGCCGGUAACUUUGGAAAAGGAAAACAAAACUUCCUCAUCUAGAAUCCUGGCACAACAGUGCAGUGCCUCCAGUACAAGUCCCUUGUUUUACAAAUGAGAGAUUCUGAGAGGUAUACCUGGAGAAGAAAAGGGGCUGGAACUGAGGUAACUAUGGUGGCCUGGGAAGGGAAGAGGAAGGAACAACAUUUCUCAUUCCCAGGCUGGAGCUCAGAACUGUCAAAGGGGAGUAAGUCAGUGCCAUCUCUGUGCCUUCUUGCCCUGGAACUAGGGUCUGCUUGUGUUUAUUCUGCCUCCUGACCCUAGCAUGCCUCCCAUCUGGGUGUUCCUUCCCAUUGGGGCCCUCCUUCCUGUCUCAAGACCUCUUCUGGGCCUGAACAAACACAUCUACCCUUUAUGCCUAGCCUCCAGCCCUAAUUUUACCUCCAAGUCCCACCCUACCCUCCAGUUUUUAGGGGCCCCACCAUUUGAUUUUAAUAGCCUGAUAAAGAUGUUCACUGUCCCCAACAAGGUUCCUGCUGAUUAAGGACCUCUUUGGAAACUUGGGGAAGCAAAUGGUCUUCCAUUCCUACCUCAUCCUCAGUACCUUUUUUUUCCUCUGAGGCCCCAGCCUCAGCCCUCAAACUUGCUGACUGCCGAAUAGCAGUAGGUUCUUGGUGAAGAGUAUACUGCUAAAAGGCCAUGGACUCCAUCCUGCUUUCUGUUCUGUCCUCAUUCGUUCCCAUCACACAGUUUAAGCAACUUAGUGGGCUUCAAGGCAGCAGUUAGGGUACCUUGGCUCCGAGCUGGGCAUAAGGCCAUUUUACAGGAGAUCCUCUGGUCAGAACAACCUGGGACAGUGAGCAGUGAUCACAGCUAUGUCCAUUUGACAUCAAAAGGAAGUCAGGCUGAUGCAAUGGGCCAAGGGAUUUUAAUAGAAGAAAGUUAAUUCAGAACCCAGGCCUUGGCCCACUCUCUACCCAUUCAGCAAGAAUCCAGUGCCUGGGGGGAGGAGACUGAGUGGUGGAGCAAAUAUCUAUGGGCUAAAUCUCCAGAUAGCAAGGACAGGUGCAGCAGCCCACCUGCUUGGCAUUUGUAUGUCACAAUAGUUUCCCCAUUAUGUCUGAGAUGCCCAGGACCAGGCUCAAGUACCCCACUAAGGGGCAUUGGGUUGCUGAGGUUGCUCUUCCUCUCCUGCCCAUUGGUGACUGGACUCCUGGUGUAUACCAGUUCCCACACCUCCCACCAUGCACUAGGUCAUUACUCGGUGCCCAGGCAAAGUAGACUGCUUUCUAAAGGACACACCCUGACCCCACCAAGUUAGGGUGCCAGGCUCAGGCUAUACAGUUUAGAUGGAGUUUUGUUUUAAACAAAGGUCUCUCAUCAGAGUCCCUCAUCUUUUCCUGACCCCUCAUGCCUUCAAUUGCCCCUAGUUGUAGAGUGAAGUAUUCGGCCACGCCCUACAGCUGGCAUCUCUCAGGGACACACCCCAGUGCUGAGGAGGCCCCAGACGCAGCAGAGAAGAGCUGAAUGAUUCUGCCUUUGCUGUCUCUACUACUGCUGGGCAGCUGUGUACAUCAACAACGGGGGGCCAAAGGCAGCUCUGGGGCGGGUCCAGAGGGCCAAGGAUUCUUCUCAUCAGGCCUCCAGCUUUGUUAUUGAUUUCCAAGGGCUGCCCGGGAGGCCCCAGAUGAGCCAAGGCAAACAGGAUGAGCCUGUGGAGUGGCAGGCACCUGACCUUUCUCAGGCUGAGAUUGAGCAAAAGAUCAAGGAAUACAAUGGCCAGAUCAACAGCAAUCUCUUCAUGAGCCUGAACAAGGAUGGCUCCUACACAGGCUUCAUCAAGGUUCAGCUGAAGCUGGUACGCCCUGUCUCAGUGCCCUCCAGCAAGAAGCCACCCUCUCUGCAGGAUGCUCGGCGGGGCCCUGGGCGGGGCACAGCCGUGAGGCGCCGCACCUCCUUCUACCUGCCUAAGGAUGCUGUCAAGCACUUGCACGUGCUGUCACGCACACGAGCACGUGAGGUCAUCGAGGCCCUGCUGCGCAAGUUCUUGGUGGUGGAUGACCCCCGCAAGUUUGCACUCUUUGAGCGGGCUGAGCGCCAUGGCCAAGUGUACCUCCGGAAACUGUCGGAUGAUGAGCAGCCUCUGCGGCUGCGGCUCCUUGCAGGGCCCAGUGAGAAGGCCCUGAGCUUCAUCUUGAAGGAAAAUGAUUCUGAAGAAGUGAAUUGGGAUGCCUUCAGCAUGCCUGAACUGCACAACUUCCUGCGCAUCCUGCAGCGGGAGGAGGAGGAGCAUCUUCGCCAGAUUCUGCAGAAGUACUCCUAUUGCCGACAGAAGAUCCAGGAAGCCCUGCAUGCCUGCCCCCUGGGGUGACCUUUUGUCCCAUUCCCACCCCCUCCCACAGGGUGAAAGGAGAAUAGGCAGUGCCAAGGGCAAGCCGUGUGAGUGUGACAUGGCCCGUGGGGCCUGAGGAGUGAGUGUGCAUGGGGCCCUUCCCCAGCUGUGGGUAUGAGCUCAGAGAACAGCUAAGGAGCUGGCUCCCUGUGUCCACUAGGUGUGGCAGGGCAAGUCUCUGCACCCCUCUGCCCCUCAUGUACUGAGUCAUGGUGGGCCAGGGCUGCCCUGGGAAGAUGCUGCAAGCUUGCAGCGUAGGUGGAACAGACAGAAGUUUCCCUAAUUCAUGGCUCUGAUGUGAGAUUCUUGGAAAACCCACAAACAAAACGGGAGCAUGUUUGCAGGGGAGAGGAUCCUCAUUUUUGGGGAAAGGUUGCACAUUUUGGAUCUUGGAUGGGGUCUCAGGACAGCCCUAUCAAAGCCAAGAGUGGGUGCUGAGGAUAUGGCAGACACCCAGGAAGAGUCUAGGUUCCCUUCAGAGUGCACCCUGACCCCUCACACACCCUGUGGUCAGGGAGUGCUGGCUCACAGUGCAGCAGUAGUGCCUUGACACCCCCUCUAGAGAGGGUGCCCCUAGGUCAGGGUCUGUAUGAGUGGGCACUGGCCCAACUCUGUGCCUUGUUUGCCAACCAAAGCCAGGAUCUCUCCCUCAGGUAUUUGAUGUGUGAAUGUAUGCAAUGUUUUGUGGCCUCAGCUGAAUGCCUCCUAUAGGGAAAGGGGUUGGGGUGUCAGUCAUCAAGGGCUGGGGCCUGAGAGAAUUGGCUGCAAUAAAGAUUUGAAAAUCUU